GAAGCGCGCAAGGAAGGCAAGGAAGUGUACAUGGAGAAGAAUGUGUGACAGCAUGUUAUGUCAUGUGAUGACAAAAAGUAGCUGUUAUACUACAUUCAAGUACUUUACUGUGUAUGGGACUAAUUGGAUAUGACAAAAUGCGUCAGAUACUCAGAAAAGUGCAUUGAUGUGAAUUUCAGCAAAAGAAGAAAAAUUCAGAAUAAGGUUAUGGCAUUCAUUUGACAAGAAAGAUUUAUUUAUGCAUCGUUUUGGUCUCUAGUCUGCUGUCAUUGGCAUUGCAUUUUGAGUUUUGGAACUUUAAAUGAUUGUACGGAGUAGUUAAAAAAUGAACAAAGACUCUACAGAAAUGGAGCUACAAGAAAUUUUAUUAUGUAGUUCCCGGCAUGGAGAUGAAACUAUGGUGCAAGAAUUACUCUCUGCACGGCAAGAAAAUAAGAUCAUUUUGGACAUAAGCUGUAAAGGUAGGAGCAAAAGUAAUCUGGGUUGGACACCACUACACCUAUCAACCUAUUUUGGACAUCGUAGUGUAGCAGAGCAGUUGUUGGCACAUGGUGCAGAUAUAAAUGCAGUCAAUGAUGCUGGUGACACUCCAUUGCAUAAGGCAGCAUUUAUUGGCAGAGAGGACUUAGUACUGUUGCUUCUUCAGCACAAUGCAGAUGUUAAUGUCAUAAAUGGUGAGGGCCAGACACCCAGGGAUGUUGCCAAGCUUGAAGAUGUUACCAAACUACUUCAUGCAGCUGAACAGACAGAAGCGCGUCGAAAGGAAGAACGUCUCCUAGCUGCUGCACGUGAGGGUGAUCUCGAAACCUUGAAAAUGCUGCUAAAAGAAGAACAUCCCCCUAACAUCAACUGUGUAGAUGCUCAAGGAAAUUCAAGUUUGCAUUGCGCUUCAUAUCGUGGCCACAAGGAGGCAGCAGUUUUGCUGUUGCAGAAUGGUAUCGACACUGGUAUCAGGAACGCAAGAGGGCAGACAGCAGUAGAACUUGCACGAGAUUCACAGAUGCAGCAGGUGUUGUGUGUUCGUCCAGUCAGACAGCUGCAAAAGUCAGCUACAAGAUUUGAAGGUCAGCUGCUUAAGAGAUCAAGAUUUCUAGGAUGGAAACCCAUAUGGGCCAUUUUAGAACGUGGAGUGUUAACUUACUUCAGCAAUCGAGCAGAUGCAGCAACAGGCUUUAAAAGAAAAGACUUCAAAUAUGAAGAUGGAGCCAAUAUUGUGCCAUUAGAAUGUGAUUCCUCCACAUUUAUGGUGCACUUCUCUGAUGGAGCUGUCCAUAGGCUGAGCGUUGUCAACUAUGGAGAAACUACAGGACAGAUCAGUAGGCAGAAAUGGAUCAAUGCCUUCACAGAGCAUGCAGCAUUCAGCACACACUACCUCACUCAAGGUCAUGUACAGUUCGAUGAUAGUGAUGAUGAAGAUAAUAUUAAACCGCUUGGUUCAAUGCAGGAUGCCUUACAGACAGCUGCUGCACAUCACAAAGUACUGGAAAGCCAGUUGACUGACAGUGUUGCCAUUGUUGAAGCAUUGUCAAAUAACAGCCUUCAUUGUAAUGCUUUCUCUAGCACUGCUGUUCUGAGGUUUCAGCUCAUGUCAGACACAGCUGGCAACAUGCUGCAGUCACUAGGCCAUUGCCUGUCACUGUUUGAACAGCAAGAAGAGGUUCGAGUGUUGCAACUGAAACAAGAACAAGAAAAGUGCAGAGUGCUUGAAGAAGCACUAAAUGUGCUUGCCAAGGAGCACCAUGAACUGGAGCAGUCAAUGGCCUCACACCUGUCCAUUAGUCCAUCCCUUCAAGAGCAACACCGUAGUUCGGUACACAGUUGUCGGAGUCCUCGCUUCUAUGAUACAUCUGAUGAUGAGUUUUAUGAUGCCUUUGAGGCAGACUCUGACAGUGACACACUGGUGACUGCUGUGUCCCCAACUUCAGACAGUGAUACUCUGGUCAGUUUUCCAUCCCCUGCAUCUUCUUGUGGCACUCUUGUGUCAGCAGGAGGUCACGCAUAUCGUUGUGCGUGGGAUCACCCAGUGAGACCUGCACGAACUCUCAAACAUGUCGGAAGGCAGGAGCUUCCGGUUCCUAUGUUCAGCCGCAAUGACUUCUCCAUCUGGUCUGUUUUGAAGAACUGUAUUGGGAAGGAGCUGAGCAAGAUCACAAUGCCGGUGAUCUUCAAUGAGCCUCUGAGUUUUCUCCAGCGGAUGGUGGAGUAUAUGGAAUAUGCUCACUUGCUGAGACGCGCAGCGGAGGAAACAGACCCAAUUUGCAGGCUACAGUAUGUGGCUGCAUUUGCUGUCAGUGCUUUGUCAUCUAAUUGGGAGCGACUGGGUAAACCAUUCAACCCACUUUUAGGAGAGACAUAUGAGUUAGAGAGAGAUGGGUACAGGGUUGUGUGUGAACAAGUUAGUCAUCACCCACCAAUUUCAGCAUUCCAUGCAGACUGCAAAGACUUUAUAUUUCAUGGUUCAAUUCACCCUAAGCUUAAAUUCUGGGGAAAGAGUGUAGAGAUUCAACCCAAAGGACAAGUGACUGUUGAACUUCCAAGAUGGGGUGAAGCGUACACUUGGACUUACAUAAACUGCUGUGUACAUAAUAUAAUUGUGGGAAAAUUGUGGAUGGAACAGUAUGGAACCAUGGAAGUAACAAACCAUGCCACAGGUCAUCGGGCAGUCCUUACCUUCAAGCCAGCAGGCUGGUUCUCAAAAGACCUCCACCGAGUGGAAGGAUUCAUCACAGACAAACAUAAGAAGAAACUGCAUUUCCUUUAUGGCAAGUGGACGGAGUUCAUUCGAUGCACAGACAUCGCUUCAUAUGAUGAGUAUGUGCGAGAGAAUGCUCACAAAUUCAGGCAUGAAGGUGAUAAGGGAAAGGGGCAUACCCCCAAUGACAGUCCUUCUCACACACCGAAGAAAGUGCUAGCAAAACUGAACAGCCUGAAGGUUGGACCCUUCAAAUCAAAUUCUCAGUGUGAGGGCAGUAACAGUGCAGAUGAGGGUUGUCCCAUACCAGAUGUGGCAGAGGGAGAACUGCCGAAGUGUGACUCCACCUACUCCAUAGACAUUCCUAACUCAGUCACCUUGUGGGAAGCCGAUCCAAGACCAGAACGGAGUGCAGAGUAUUACCAAUUCACACUGUUUGCCAUGUCCCUUAAUGAAAUGGAGCAGGGGAUGAAAAGCAGGCUAUGUCCCACAGACUGCAGGCUUCGUCCAGAUAUUCGAAAGCUGGAGGAAGGUGACAUAGAUGGUGCUGCUGCAGAGAAAACUCGUCUUGAAGAAAAGCAAAGAGAUGCACGAAAAGCGCGCAAGGGAAAGAAAGGCCUUGACUGGGCACCAAGGUGGUUCACACUGGGCACAAAUCCAUAUACAAAGCAAGAGGACUGGUUGUAUAGUGGCGGGUAUUGGGACCGAAAUUUUUCAGGGAUUCUUGAUAUCUUCUGAGUAUUUCUUCUGCACUCAUAACGUCUGGAAUUGCCAUUGUACACGGAGCAUGGAACUGUGUUAUAGAUCUACCAUAUUGGAAAAUGUUUAUCAGUAAUAACUAGGCAACUUUUAGAGCUGUUAAACUGUUGUUGCUCAUGCGUUUCUCUGUUGUAUGUAGAAGAGAAGCAGACUUAUAUAGCCGAAAUCACUACAGAAGUUUCCGAAAAGAACUUUAAUUGGGUCCUGGAAAAUCAUGUUUGUUGAUAUGUGGGUUGGAUAUUAUUAAUACUGUCAAAAUUCAGUUAUGUUUAAAGUAUGAAUUGUAUCCGUAUUUUAUUGAAGUCAUUUAGACCAAUGAGUAAGAAAUGGUGUGCAGAUAUAAUGAGCCGGAUACUUCUCUGUUGCUAUUGUAGUAUUUGUGUAAAAAGAAUCUGCCUGUUUGAUCGGUAGGGUAAUUCUCAUUGAUGUCUGAUAAUCUUUCUGGCUUUAUGGUAAUCCAUAGAUUAUUUACACCGAUGAGCCUUAUGUCACAAUAGUAGGAAGCAGAGAAUUAGAAUUAAGAUUAAUUGAUAAUUGCUUAUUCUUAAGAAAAACUAAAAUAUAAGCUGCCGCUGUGUAUUUUCUUUAAGUCAUAUAACGAAGAUUAUUGUAAAUAAUUACAUGGAUAUUAUUUUAUUUAUUUAUUUAUUGAACUGUGUAUGCAAAUUAUAGUUUCAAGCAUUUUAAUUAUAAUUUUUUGAUAGAAAUUUAAAACAUGUUUAUGUUACAACAAUUCUAACAUCUUCCUCCACCUGCCAAGAAUGGUUUACAGAGCCUUUUUGCUGUUCCUACACAGCUGGCAUAGUGAAAAUUAAAAUAAUUAAAAAAUAUUCCUGGUGUUUUAGUGUGUCUACUGAUUUCAGUUUGAAAAGAUGUCUGCAUAAUCAGUUGCUGCCUAUAUGUCAGUUUUACUGUUACAUUGAAACCAUGAGGUGUGCACUAAGCUGUGAAGCUGAAAAAACCUCUUAUAUGGCUUUGCUUAGGAAGGAAGAGUGGGAAUUUUUAAUUUUGCAUUAAACCUGCAUAUCGUUCACAGUCAUAGUUUCAUGACUGAAUACAUGGCAGUUUAAACUGGUGCAAUACUGACUUCAAAAUUUUAACAUUUCCUUAUUAUGCAGGAUAUGCCUUAACUUUUCUGGAUUAAUUUUGUGUUUGAAAUAAGAAACAUUUACUCCUUUUUUAUAAUAGUUGAAGCUGUCUGACUGUGACCUUUAAACAACAGGAAUACAUUAAAGAAUACUAUUUUCUGGGAUGUGACACUGUAUAGUCCAGUAAGUUCUACUGGACUAUAUGAAGUCACAUCCAAGGUGAUAGUUACCACUGUGAAAUCCCCUGUCAAUUCUCAUUCCACCUACUGCUCCACAUUCAGUAAUCAUCCUAUCAUCCAGCAUUAUAUAGUCUUAAUGCUGACAGUGUUGUCAAAUAAUUGGCUUAUAACUGCACCACAAAUUCUGUAUCAUGUGUUAGUCAUAACUGUCUGAAAGUUGUCUGUGAUUAACAGUAUUAAUGAAUACAUUUACUGUACACAACUGAAAACGUUUCAGAUUAUGGGUGAUUCUGCAUCAUGUAUGUUACUGAAGAAGUAUAAAAUAGAUUUUCAAAUUUAAUUACCUAAUUUCAGGAAGCAGUUUUUACAAAAGUGCAUGAAUUUUAUUCACUGUUACAUUCAGAUUAGACACUUGCCUGGAAGCAGUGUGAAUGCUUACUUAAUGUUCCCAUCAGAGUUGUUGGUUGUCUGUGAAAUUUGCUUAUAUGCUUAAAUUAUAUUAUGAGGGUAUUUCAGUAAUAUAAAAGAAGAAUUUACGAAGAUUGUGUUACUUUAUCCUUUGACCAGUUAAUGUCUGUGAUAACCAUUAUUCCUUAUUUUUAUCACAUCACUGUAUAUUCAUUAUUUUCAUGACUUGGUAUCGGUAAUAUUGCAGUAACACAGCUAUUUCAUAUGAAUAAAGAUGCAUGUCUUUAAGCAGUAGUGCGUAAUAACAAGGAAAACACAGUGAGCUGAAAGUCUCCAAAUAUUUCUGAAGUAAGAUAAACUCAGUGGCAGGCUGUACCAUUUAACUGCCCACAUAGCUUCACUCAGCAGUACAUGAUGCAAAAUGUUAUAAUCCUUUGAUUUUACUUACAUUUAGAAAUAUAAUGCAUUAAACCAAAAAUUGACCCCCUACCAUUCAAACUUAUGCCAUAAAAGUUAAUCUUUGAACCAGUUCCAUCCAAGUAUCUAAUUCAGAAGUCUGGAUGAAGUCACCUUUCAAAUUGGGCAGCUUAUUUUAUUCAAGUACAUUUAGGAUACGUCAGAGGGUAUCUGUCUCCAAUGCCCAGUGUUAUGCAUUGUUUCGAGAACAGCUGACUGCCACACUGGUACCCGUAGUGAUACACAACAGGAUACAAACAAUAAAGAACAGGAACAUUAUUUGAAUUGUAAGUGCUUUGCAUGUAGAAAUAUAAAUGUGACAACUGAUAUAUAUUAACAACAAGAUUUUCAGGAUCACUUGAGGUCAAUUAAGUUUUUACUGAAUUGGCAUUUCUGUUAGUAAAGAGUAACUGCUAUUUAUUGUAACCCACGUAUGAUUAUUUUCAGCUGAGACUGUGAUUGAGUGCUUGUUGGUGUGUGAUGUUAUUGUUCAGCAUUCCUGAGAGUUGACAUUUCAUAGGGGCUUUGUAUCUGAAGCACAGGGUUUUAAUAGGGUCAGGGGAAGGUAGUUCAUGUGACUUGACAUCGAUUAUGAUGAUUGUAGAGUAUUAGUUGAAAACUUACAGUCAUACAUUCUGGCUUCACCAUGAAAUAAAGAAAUAUUUUCUCUCAUAAAACGCAGCAGUAGAAUAGUAUUGUAAUUAUAAGGGAUUGCCAGAAGUGUAGACAGCUUGUAGUCAUUUUAUAAAUUGCUGGUGUCAUCUGCAGCAUGAGUAACACUACAACAUGAUAUUAUGUGCAUUAGAAUUUUUGUUGUUGUGAUAACGAAAGAGAAGUUGUGUAACAGAAAAAAUUAAGAUUACUUUAAAUGUAUCUAAGUUUGCUAUGCUUUGUUUGAUAAUUGCAAGAGAGAGAUCGAUGACUUUUCCCAGCCAUUGUAAAAUUAUUCACUGUAUAGUGAUACUUGAAAAUGGUGAAUGUCAUAUAGUGGUUCAAAAGGUAUGAUCUUCUGGAUUAUGAUGCGCUAUUAUAGUUCAUAAAGAGCCAAGACUUUGGAGGAACAUAUUGCUUCCAUCUUCAGGGGUAGAGAAAACAUCAAUCAAGAAACCAGCAGAGACAGACUCAGCUUGCCACCUGUUUGUGCUGGUCUCUUGCUUGGAUUACUUUUCAAUUCUGAAGACAGAGGUGAUAUGUUCUUCUGAAAUGUGAGGCUCCUUCCAGAGUACAUGGUAUUACAGUACAGAAGACCACGCUCCUCGCUAUUAUCACCUUGAGAACCUCAACUUAGAAAGAAGUCAGCUGUUAUCUUUAAGAGUGCUAUGUGAUAUGAUAUGAAACCCAGCCAAGAGAAAUAAUUGGUUGAGAAUGUGGGAGUAAAAUGGGAUAGGUACAAAUAAAAUAAAGUUUUGUGUAUUACUGGCA